AUGUCGACAUGCUACUUGGCAUGGAGUCUGGAGAAUCUAGCGGAGAAAGACGGCCUGGCCCUUUACGAUGUCGGAGAGGAAAGGGAAUCUAGUGGAGUCAGCAGAUAUACUAAGCCCGUUCAGGCAAUAUUCCAGAUCCAAAGACCCAUCGUCCAGUGGCCUGCAGAGGGAACCGAUGUACAACAUGAGUACUCCAUACGUCGUAGCAAGGCUUGGGAGUACGUAGGGCCUGGUCAGCGUCUGGUCAGCGCCUCCGGGAAGUCGGCACGGGGUCGACAUCAUCUUGAACUCUCCGCGGCCAUCCGACUUAUGAGGUAA